AUGGAUAAUCAAACCACAGUGGCUUACUUUUUGCUCCUGGAAUUCUCAAAAAAAUGGCAUUUACAGAUGUUACAUUUCUUUUUAUUCUUUGUGUUAUAUUUGUCAAUUGUAAUAGCAAACCUUCUCAUCAUCUCUGCAGUAGCAAUAGAUAAUCGACUUCAUAGCCCCAUGUACUGGUUUCUAAUGAAUUUGGCUUUGCAGGACUUGGGCUCAGUUUCCGUCAUUGUCCCUAAAUCUAUGAUAAAUUCUCUCAUAGACACACGACACAUCUCUUAUUUUGGUUGUGUUGCUCAAGUCUUUCUCUUUGUCUCAUUUGCAGCUUCUGAUUUAUCUCUCCUGACAGUCAUGGCAUAUGAUAGGUAUGUUGCUAUUUGCAAUUCCCUGCACUAUGAGAUGGUGAUGAAUUGGAAAGCCUGCACUGAAAUAACAAUUUUAGUGUGGAUUAUAAGUCUUCUCUAUGGAACAUUGCACACUACUGGCACUUUUUCAAUCCUUUUUUGUUCUAAUGUUGUUAAUCAAUUUUUCUGUGAAAUUCCACAAUUGCUAAAAUUAUCCUGCUCUGGUUUCAGUCUAGUUGAGUUUGGAGUUAUUGUGGUCAGUAUCAUUGUAGGACUAGGUUGUUUUACUUUUAUUAUCACAUCAUAUGUCAUGAUUUUCAAGGCAGUGCUAAAAAUCCCUUCUGAACAAGGGCGGCAAAAAGCCUUAUCAACCUGUAUUCCUCAUCUUACAGUAGUCUUUAUGUUUUUAUUAACUGGAUUUUUUGCCUAUUUGAGGCCUCCCUCUAACACCCCAUCUUACUUAGAUUUUGGGUUGACUGUUCUGUAUUCCCUUCUUCCACCCCUGUUCAAUCCAAUCAUCUAUAGCCUGAGAAAUAAGAAUAUCAAAUUUGUCCUUUAUAAAAUCUUUAAGUUCUAA